AAUUGCUUCGAAUGAAAUUCAUAUUCGACAUCAUUUUCUCGUCGAUAAUCGCAUGCUGAUCACAUGUUUCUUUCCACAAUUUUUCACCAAUAAAAAUGGAUUCAGAUUCUUCAAAUAUUAAUGACAAGAAUAAUCAAUCUGAUGAUACAACUGGAGAAAUUGAAGAGAUUGAAAAUUUACGUAAUAUGCUUCAUCAGAAACAAAAUGAAUUGGAUCAAGAAUUGAAGAAAAAACGUGAACAAUUGAUGAGAAUUCAAGAGAUGAAAACACAGCUUCAAUUUGAACGUGAUAAUUCGGAACGUGCUUUUCGUGAAAAGAUUAAUCAAUUGCGUUCAUUAACAGAGGCAUUGGUCGAAAGUACAAAAUUGGUUUCAACAUUAGCUGAUCGUUCGCCAUCUGCUGCUAUCGCUGUACAAGCAUUGGAACAAACUAACGACGAGAUUCAUCAACAAUCGAUCCAAGAAUUGAAACUUCAUUGUCAAAUGGCACGUGAACAAAUACAGAAUUUGAAUCAAAAUUUGGAAAAACAAGAACAGGAACAGUAUUCAUUGGAAACAAAUGAAACAAACAACCAAGAGGAAUCGUCUUCAGAAUUCAUUCAACCACCAUCAAUACCAACAACGGAAAGCAUUAAUGAGGAAGUAAUGCAAACAACAUCACCAUCAUCUUUGGAAAUGUUGAAAGAAGAACCAGAAACAACUCAAUGAAAAUAUUUGAUUGAUUUAAUGGGAAAAAAAUUCUGUUAAUGAAUGGAAAUGAAUAUUAGUAAUAUCAAUCAAUGCAUGAUAUAAACGAAUUAUUAAUGACAAACAAUGAAAAAAAAAAAAAACAACGAACAAGGAAUGAAUUUG